UUCAACAACACGCUGUUUGGAACAUAUUUCUGAGACAAGAUGUUAAAGAGAAGUUUAAUAUAUAUGGCUGCUUUAUUAGGCCUGUUCACUGGCAUUGAAGGCAAGACCAAUAUCAGGCUUGUUGGAAGUUCCAAAUCAUGUGAGGGUCGAGUAGAAAUAAAAAAGAAUGGCGAAUGGGGGACAGUGUGUGAACAUCUCAUUCAUCAUACACAUUACCCAAAGAAUAAACUCCUUGCUCUUGUGAUCUGUAGACAAAUGGGUUGUAUGAGUUCUAGUGCUGGCACUGAGCAUAUGACAUUAAAAUCUUUUGGUUCUGGAGCAGGAAAAAUUUUCUUUAAUCACUUGAAUUGCACAGGAAGAGAAUCUACUCUCUGGGAUUGUAAGGAUGAACCAUAUUAUCGCCCAUAUUGUAAAUCGCAUGACACAGAUGUUGGCGUAGUCUGUUCAGAACAACCAAUCACAGUGGCUGCUCCACUAACUGAUGAGUAUGUUCCUGGGUUCACUUCCAACAUUACCUGUUGUGUUGUUUUGGCAGUGUUGUUGGCUCUAGCAAUCAUUCUAUUAUUAGCUCUGAUGAGGAAAAUGUGUUCAUAUAGAAAUGCUCUCCGCAUCAGAAAAAAAUCCUCGAUUGACUCAGUUUACCUGAACAUCGAUUCUAAUUACAGUAGUAUGAAGCCACGGGACACAGAACUCUCAGGCAGCAGAAGAAAUUAUGAGCCUCGUGGCAAGUUACCAAGAAUGCCAGAGAUUCCAGCUGAGCGGCACCCAUCAAACAGAGGUUCUUUGUUAGAGAAGCUUCUUUCAUCUACAUAUCGUGAAGGAUCUAAAAAGCAUGAGAUUCCACUUGUAUCUAACGAUUCAUUGUCUGAUGAGGAUGUCCCCUCUAAUUAUGAUGAUGAUGAUGAUGAUGAUGAUGAUUUUAAAGGGCCAGAAGAGAAUAAUAGGCCCUUGAGCUUUAAAGGAUCAUCAAUUGAUGAGCUUUCACUGCCCGUUUAUGUCAUUGUUGAACCUUCAGAUACAAAAGAAAUGCCAGUCGUCUCCAAUGAUCCAUUGUUAGAUACAUUUGUUCCAUCUGAUUAUGAUGAUAUUGAAUUAUCAGAAGAGAAUAAAAUACACACUGGCCCUAAAGAUUCAUUGUCAGAUGAGCUUGUUCCAUCAGAUUAUGAAGAUACUGAAUUAUCACAAGAUAAUAAAAUACCCACUGGCCUCAAAGAUUCUUUGUCAGAUGAGCAUGUUUCAUCUGAUUAUGAUGAUAUUGAUGGGUUAGAAGAAAACCAAAUGCCCCUGGGCUUCAAUGAUCCAUUGUUAGAUACGUUUGUUCCAUCUGAUUAUGAUGAUAUUGAAUUAUCAGAAGAGAAUAAAAUACACACUGGCCCUAAAGAUUCGUUGUCAGAUGAGCUUGUUCCAUCAGAUUAUAAAGAUACUGAAUUAUCACAAGAUAAUAAAAUACCCACUGGCUUCAAAGAUUCUUUGUCAGAUGAGCAUGUUUCAUCUGAUUAUGAUGAUAUUGAUGGGUUAGAAGAAAACCAAAUGCCCCUGGGCUUCAAUGGAUCCGAGGCUCAAAGAUCACAGAACGGUGCUCCUCGGCCACCCUCAGGUAUCAGCGAGGAAUAUGACGAAGUUGAUUUUGGUUACUAGAAAACUGCCCUAAGGAAGAACAAAGGGUUCAACGUGAUCUGGGAAUUUGCUGGUCAGAGUUAUUGGAGGCUCAGCACAAAGCUACUUCCAUUCAACUUAAUAUUCAAACGCAAAGAGACUGUUACUUUAAUAUAAUACAUUAUAUUUUGUAAUCUCCCAUCUGUCAGCAGUUAUUGUUUGCUCUCUUUGAUUUCUAGAUAUGAAUUUGCAUUAUAUGUGGUUUUCCUGUAUAAGUUCUAAUACAUCAGAUAAACUACUUCUGGCACAUGAUGUGUUGUUGCUCUAAUAAAAAGCUGUGCAAUGAACGAUGCAAAUGUUCUGCUGAUUUACAGUUAAUAUUACAUGGAAGAAAAUAAAGGAAUGGCUACUAUAUAAAUGGGACCUGUUAUUCAGAAUACACAGGAUCAGCUGUAUUCCAGAAGAUGGAUCUUUUCUGUAAUUUGGAUCUUCAUACAGUCGGCUCCUUUAUAAAACGUCGGAAACGUCGCUGAGGUCAAAAUUUUCACCAGCGAAUUU